AUGCAACGAUCCUCGAUUGGAGAGGGUGUGACUGUUCCCAGUCAGAUUAGAUAUGUUGAUUAUAUCAACCGUCUGUCAACACGUGAAGUUGAUAUAUCGAUGGCACAGCAACCACGAACACUCGUACUCAACCGUCUCAUGAUGCGUCCAGUCCCCAGACACACAUCGGGGUGGCGACCAACCAUUGAGAUUCUCAAUGUCAACAUUCCACUGCAACCAGUUGUCAUCUACUCCAACAAGGAUAGUCUCUCAACCCCACUCUUUUACUCGGAUCGUGACCCAGUUGCCAUCAUCGACCUUCCACCCAACACCACACUCUCUGGUGACAUUCUCAUCCGUGUCUACAGUUCCAACGAACAAUACGUAUCUGAAAUUAUCAAUUCAUUUUUAGAUAAACCUUUUUUUAGAUUUGCAUUCCACACAUCAUUUAUUAAUGGACAUUUUAUAGAUUUUAAGAAACAUGAGUUGGAUGAAUCAAAUAGUGUUAUGAAAUCAAAUAUUUAUCCAAAUGAUUUCCAAAUUCGUUUAAUGUUUAGUGAACCAUCACAAUCUUCUCCUCCACAACCACAACAAUAUUCUCCUCAACAACCAAGACAACAACAACCACCACAACAACAACAACCACAACAACAAUCCUCUCCUCAACAACCAAGACAACAACAACAACAACAACCUCCACAGUACUCUCCUCAACAACCAAGACAACAACAACAACAACCUCCACAACCAUAUGUUCAAUCUGAACAAGACAAUAUUAUUAAUUUUAAUAAUAAUAAUAAUAAUUAUGAUAGUAAUAGUAAUAAUAAUAAUAAUGGUAAUGGUAAUGGUUAUAAUAGUAACCAAUCUUCACCAUCUAUAAUAUCACAAAUUUCUGGAAGUUAUCAAGCUCCAAAUCCAUUUGAACAAGAUGAUGAUUUGUAA